GACGCAGCGCGUUCAACACCAGUACCCGGUCACCAGAUGCCGCCUCCGCCGCCGUGGGCCAGUAAAUGGGCCGGUCCGACAACGGUCCCCGUCGCAGGUCCGUCCACGGCAUCCGACACGCUGGGGCGCGUUCCGCACACGCCCCCGCCCUCGACGCAUCUGAACCGCAAGCGCCGAUUCGACGACGACGCCUCGAUCGACUCGGCGGACGAGAGCCCCACGCGGUUCGAACCGGCUAAGCGGCGCACGCUCUCCAGGACGCCCGUGGCGGACCUGUCCUCGUCGUCGUCCUCGCACGCGGGCCCCUCGUCGCGGCCGAUCCAGACCUUGUCGCCGUCGCUCGCCAUCCUCAUGUCCCCCGAGACGACCCGCACCUCGCCGCGGCAGGGCCUGCCGUACGGUGCGUCCGGCGCGUUGAGCCAGUCCCAAUCCAACAACAAGCGCGCGCCGUCGCUCUCGCCCGCGCCCUCGAGCCGGAAAGCGAUGGCCGUCGGGUACCGCGCGGAGCGGAAUGGGAAGGAUGGCUGGGAACCGUCGUCGACCACGCCCCUGCCCCCACCAUAGAGUUUCGUUUUUUGUUUGUUUGUUUGUGCCGCGCAUCGUCAUGCCUCUUAUGCUCUCUCGCCUCGUGCAAUGGUCCCUCAUGUCUCCCCGUCAGUGCUUGGCUGUAUUGCUUGAAUGCUGUAUUUCUCCACUCCACUCCACUUCACACACUCUCUUCCAUGGGCUUAUGCGCGCUGACAGGAUAACAGUAUCGUCGGCGUAUGUGUCAUGACUCGAACUCUUUUUUGUAUGUUCUGUUCUACCCUCUAUUACUAUGAUGUGAAAAAAAAAGCCAUGAGGAAUGGAAACGGAUAAAUAUGCAGGUUGAUAGAAGUGAUGCGUCCAGAGAAGCUCGUGUAUGUAUGUAUGUAUGAUGCAAGACAUAAAUAGAUGGCCACAGCGACGGCGCACGGUG